GCCCCGCACGUUGCGUGCCAACCGCGCGCCUUAACCGUGUCGCGCCGCAUGACGUAAUCAACAUGGCGUCGGAAAUCCGCCUCGUACAAGAAAUAGAAAAGUACGACUGCCUUUACAACAACUAUCUACCGGAGUAUAAUCGUAAAGAUUUAGCCGAGGAAGCGUGGACGCGAGUUUCUAAAAGUACAGAUUUAACAGUCACUGAAUGCAAAGAAAAAUGGCGGAAUAUACGUAGUUCUCUUCUGAGAUCACUAAAACCUAGUGAAAAAACGAAGAAGCCUUACUAUUUAGCCCCUUAUCUACAUUUCAUCUUGCCGUUUAUGAAACCACUUAAUAAUUUCGAUUAUAAAGAAGACAUUCACAGUCCUGGAGCUGUAAGAAAUAGUCGAAAAGAUGCGGACAUUCUAAUUUGUGCAGUAAAAUCUGAAGACGACGCACAGACAAUAGUUGAUACAAUCAACCCGGAAGUAACCGAUGAAGAGAUACAACUUGAUCCACUAUUAUCUCAACCAAGUUCGCCAGUCCGUAAGAGGAAACGAAAUGAUACGAUCCCAAAUCGUAAAGCAAGGAGAUCAGAACAACAGGAAAUUAAAAUAAGCGAAGAACAAAUCUUUAACCCCAUACCUGAUCCUCCAAGAUCAAGCUCAGAAUCGAUGAGGUACUUCCUCAUGAGUCUUCUACCUGAAUUUGAAACUAUGACGGAAGAGCAAUCAAGAAUGUUUAAAAUCAAAGUGAUGAUGUUAAUAGACGAUAUAAAAACAAAUUAUGACAAAAUAACACAACACGCGCCGUCUACAAACGAGUCAAACCGUUUACAAAAGCGGCUAAUCAACUUAUUGUUAAAGAAUCUUGAUAAUAAAUCAUGAUUGACGCCAAAUACGUAUCGUAAUUGUAAUAAUGUUAAGUCAUAUACAAAGAAAAUUAUGGUUACUUCGUUUUUUU